AUGCGCGUCCUACUUCUAAUCACCACGCAUCUAAGCUUGGAACACAUCGCCUUCCUCCGCAAGUGCUGGCCGCCGGCGACGCACAAGUCGUCGCUCCUCCGCGAGGCCGACGUCAUGGUCUACAUAAGCGGCCACCUCACGAAGAACGCGACGCGGGCGCUCGCGGUCGCGUUUCCGCCCGUCGACCGCAAGGUAUCGUAUAGACGCGCGUCGAAGAUGCCUCGCGUGCAAGGCGGUAAUGUGAUGCUGCGGCAGACGGGCGCGAUGCUCGGCCUCGACACGGCCGAGCGCGAAGGGUGGUGGUCGGGCUACGACUGGGUCAUUCGAUUGAAUCCCGAUGUCAUUGUCCGCGACUGAGUGGAAAUCAAAUUUCGAGCGCCCCACGCCAUCGACGCGACGUGCUUUCGUAGCUUCGUCAGAAGUACGUCUGCGCGAUGGCGUGGCGAUCCCACGCCAUCGACGCGACGUUGUCCCCGUGGCUCGAUGGCGUGGAGGCUCACGAAGGUCCACGUACCUUAACUCACUGGUUGAUUUCCACACAGGUACGCGACGACAGCUUCCUGCGCACACAAAUGGCGCGCGACGACGUCGACGCCGUCCUCGCGAACUGCAACAAGGGCCCGAUUCGCCCGAACGGUAUCAGGGUCAUGACCGACUUUACGGCCUGGCGCCCGGCCAAGAUUCCGGCGGGCGCGUUCCGUCUGCCGGCGGGCCACACGACGGACUGCGGCGGCCGGGACGCCUGGUUCAAAGAACAAAAGUGCAACGCCGAGAAAUCUGCGACGGCAGCGUUCGAGCGAGUGAUUGCGUCGGGGCGGUACGCUUUGCUGCCGAACGCAAAGGGUCCCGGCCCGCACUGCCGCGUCGACGGCCGCUUCUCGAGCGUGAUUCACGACCACGCCUACGCGGACCGGUGCCGGGCCGACCUCGCGCGCCGCGUAUACGCGCUACCGGCCGCGAAGCCGACGGCGAAGGAGCGGCAAUGCGCGCGGUGGCGCGCGGACCACAAAGUCGUGCCGGACUACUCGUGGGGCACGCUACCCGAGCACCUGCAGAAACGAUACAAGGCCUACGACUGCGACAGCCUCGUACCGCCGGUGCCGGACGCGGCCCCUACCGACCCGACCGAGACCGUCCGGCGCGGGUGGAACCGCACGGCGGGGUCGAGAUACGCGUUCGCGGCCGACGGUGUCACGUUCGAAUCGGCGGGCGGGAUCUAG